AUGAUCAUCCCUGUUCGGUGUUUCUCUUGCGGCAAGGUCGUCGGAGACCUUUGGGAGAGAUACCUGCAGCUCCUUGAUGAGGGAAUCCCUGAUGGAGAUGCAAUGGAUCAGCUUGGCUGCAAGCGUUACUGCUGCCGCAGGAUGAUAAUGACACACGUUGAUUUGAUCGAGAAGCUUUUACGCCCAUCCUCUGGGUCCCCAGACUACCGCGAUCACUACGCAAUCCUCUCCCUCGGUCUAUGCAUGUUCAGAUAUCUGGGCAUGUCUUGCUCUUCAUCCAUCUUCGUCCAUGCGCAAAGGCAGCAGUCCGUUGAGCAACGCCUCCCUGUGCCGACCACAGGGCUCUUAGACAACCCGCAUCCAUCUCUACUAAUAUCGACACCUAAUGGAGCUUCGUACGCAUCUGGUGACAGCUCUGAUGAAUAUGAAGCUAAGCGCAUACCAACAUCUACCGCGCAUAAAGCGCAACCGCGUACAACUCCGCCCCAACUUAUAGUUGAAACAGCGCGUUCAACAUCGAAUCACUCAAGCACUAGAUCAGAUGAAGAGGAGCCACCAAAAUCUGUGAUACAUGCACCCGCUGGCUUUAAUGAAUUUAAAUCAGAUGCUCCGCAAGCCAACAACGACAUGCCCAUAUCCCCAGAAGAUGCGAGUUCGUCUUCAGACUCUGGGCUAAAUAUAAGGGUUAUACCAGCUAACGAUCAGGAACGGAUAGGAAAAAAAAUUUCCAAUAGCCCAAUAUCACCCCCUCCAAUCACUACCAGCGUCGAACCUGUGAAAGAUUGGUCUGGGAGAGCGACGCCACGAGCACAGACAAGACAGGACUUUGAUGACAUCGACCGACGGUCGCACUCCAGUAUUCUUGAAGGUAAUUUAGACUCCUAUCAGAAUGACAUAGCCCUACAACACAUGGUUAACAGCCUGCUAGACAUACCCGAGGGCAUCGAUAGCAUAGGGAAGGUCAACUUGGAAGCAGAUCAACUCGGCGAUAAACUGGGCCUAAAAGCUGAAUACUUCCCCGGAGGAAAUGCGGAAAUUAAGGCUUUGCACGCAGCCCUCGUUGAGUGCUGGUCUCUCUGUAAUACUUUGGCCACCCUGAGUUUUAUCCACCGAAAGCGUCUUAAUUUCACAGAUGAUACGCAGGAGGAGGAGGCCUGGAAAUCAUGCUGGCGGCUAUGUCAACAGCUAUAUGACAGCCAGGAUGAUGAUUUUGCGUCACAAGUCCAUCCAACCCUGGAUCUAUGUCGAGACUUCUGCCAAAGCCUAUUCGAUACCAGGGCUCGAGACAAUGAAAUCUCAGACUCGGUCCUUCGUGUCAGCUUUGAGUUGAAUAACCAUUUGUAUAACACACAUGACCGAAACCUGCCGGACGCCUUUAGGGAAAGAACAUUGGACUUUUAUAUCACUUUAUGCCACCGCCUGAUGAAGCAAAGGACUCGCGUGGCCGAAACAGAUUCUCUAUUAAGUGCCUGCUGGUCAUUGGCUGAGAUGCUGUUCAGUAUACGCCAGAGUAAAAAAGAGGGACGGCAAAUAGAUGAGGAAUUGCUGGGCUCCGCGGUCCAGGCAUGCUGGGAACUUUGUGAUAUCUUCAGGGAAGGUUGGACGCAAAGGAGCUUGCGGAAUUCCGACCGUGGAACCCCUCGCCCCAGCCAGGCAACAUUUACGCUUGUCGAACCGCAGGCAAAGCAGCCACCUGACCCUGCCCGUGCCGAUGAGGUACAAUCUCAGCACAAGAACCCUGAGACCCCAACAACCAUAUUUGAAGAUAUUGGUAUGGUUUCGCCAGAAGAGGACCCCGUCCAAAAUAUUUUCGUAUUAGGCCAGGGAAGGCAGCAAGCUGCACUCGCAAAUUGGUCCUCCAAUUCGUCGAGCGUUUCAGGAAGAACCCAGUCGUCGGAAAAAACAUCCUCAACAAACACGGUAAUAACAUUAUCCAAUGAUACAAAUAUCGCAAACCUUAGGGUUCUGAUAGCUAAGGCCGCGAUAGAUAGCGGUUUCCAACGCGCGGGUUCGCAAAGUCUCUCGUCAUUUGUGAAGCUACUCUCUUCAGAUGCAUUCGGGUCAGCGCCCUGGCAAAUCUCCCUACUCAAGCAUUAUAAGCGACUAGUCGGGUUCGAACCGGCAUUUCGAAGCAUUGGCGCCCCGGCCCGAACAAGCGCUGUGGAUGUAGCAAGGUCAGUACAACUGAUGGUCCAGAGUGGACAGUAUCUUUGGCUUCAGGAUCUCUAUCGCCUUGUUUUUGGCUUCCGCGUAGAGGAGGCAGGGAACCGUGCGGGCAUAUUGUUACAGACAUAG